UACUCUGAAGGCUCUGCCCGGCAGACGCGGAUACCACACUCAGGGCAAUACCAGCAUAACAUCAACCGGGACGUACUUACAGGCUAAUAAGUGAGGAAAAUGAAUACCAGCGACGCCAAGGAAUAUCUUUCCAAACGACAGAUCCCCCAUCUUUUUGAGAGCAUGUUGACUGGUUUGAUGUACCACCGGCCCGAGGACCCUUUGAGCUUCCUGGAGAACUGCCUGCAAAAAACACGAGAACGGGGGGGCCCUGAAUGUGUAGCAUGGGACACUUUCAUCACGCCUGAUCGUAAACCACUACCACCUAUCUCUGCUUCCCAGGGAAAGAAAGCACCAUACAAACUAGACAGUGGUCCUGGCCCUGGUCCUUACCGACGCUAUGACAGACUGCCACCCAUUCAGGCUCAGUUCUCCAUUGACAGUGAUUCGGACAUGACUGAGUCCUCUGGACUCAUACAGGAAUAUGAUGUGUUUGACCCGUCAAAACCGCGGCCCCAUAUAAUAUUCAUCAUAGGUGGCCCUGGCAGCGGAAAAGGCACUCAGACGGCUAAGAUCGCGGCUCAUUAUGACUUUGAGCACGUGUCUGUGGGAGAGAUUUUGAGGAAGCAGCUCCUGCAGCAUGCUCCCAGUGACAGAAAAUGGGAGCUGAUUGCCAAGAUCAUCGCCAAUGGAGAACUGGCACCUCAGGAGACAACAAUCGAAGAACUCAAACAUCAGUUCAUAAAGAAACAAGGUGCCAAAGGAUUCAUUGUGGAUGGAUUCCCACGGGAAAUAUCACAGGCAUUCACUUUUGAAGAACAAAUUGGCUCUCCAGACUUGGUGAUUCUGCUAGCGUGCUCCAAUCAGCAGCUCCGGCAGCGUCUGGAGAAGCGUGCGUUGCAGCAGGGCCGGCCCGAUGAUAACACUCAUGCCAUCGAGAAGAGACUAGAAACCUUCAAACAUAACAUAACAUUCAUAGCCAAGUAUUACCAGGAGAGAGGGAUAAUCGUUCGGGUUGAUGCAGAUCGAGAAGAAGAUGAUAUUUUCACAGAUAUCAAUACCACAGUGAAGGAAAGACUGUUUCCAAAUGAGAUAAAGGAAGAAGAGCCAUGCUGAAGAGUUCCGGGAGGAUUACAAGAAUUCUACAGCUACAAGGAAACCCUUAUCAGAAGUCUAUUUCUAAAUGCUAUUUUCGUUUAUUGUAAUAUUUAACCUAUAUUGUGACCUUUAAGAUUGAGGAGUGUACAGUUUGCAGUUUACUAGCUAUUACAGCCAGUUUAGUGUAUUCUCACUCUCUAUAUGACAUUUCAAAAGUUUGUAGUUGAUUACUAUAGUUUAUGGCAUACCAUGGGAGUUCUUUACCAUUUGAUAGGGGUUUUUUGCCUUUUAAAAAAAUCUUAGCUAAUUUAUUACAUGGGUCUGUGUUACUUAAGAGUCCCUCUUGUUAAUGUUCUAGUUUUUUAGAUACACACAGAAUCAGGGGCGAUUCCAAAAGAGGAAACAGAGACCUGGAUGUACAUUUGAGGACUGUUUUUAUUUAAAUGCACACUUCCUCAACUUGUCAUCUUGUGAGUGUAAAUAAAAACAAAUCUAGGAAACAGCUCAUCACUCAUCUCCUGAUAAGCAUGUUUUUGUUAUAGGGACUUUGUGUUAUGCCAUGUUACUGAGUGCAAAAGAGGAGCUCAUACGGAGGCUCUGCUCUCAUUAAUUACCACCCAUCCUGAUGGGCAAACACCGCUGAUCUAUAAUAAAUAUCUAUAUUAUACCUCAGUGGUUAAUACUCAUUCUUGCUGACAGGUACUGAUCAUUAGUACAGUUUCAACACAAAAUGUGCUUCAAGUGCUCAGUUUAUUGCAUGAUCUCAAGAGAUCUCAACCUCAAGUCUGACUUAAGCCUCCAUACAUAAGUAGGACCAAAUAAUGUACGGUAAACAAUGUAUAUUAUAUUUACAUUGUAAUUUGUACAAUGUAACUUUCAUAAGGGUAUAUUGGUGACUGAAUUUAAAAAAUCAUGCUUACAGAAAAUAAUUUUAAAAAUCGUAAAAAGAUUUAAUUCACAACUGUGCACCACUAGAUGGCAGACUUUUGCUUUGCAGAAAAUUAGAACAGUCAAAUGCAGUCAAAAUAAAUGGUUUUGAUACUAGCAACUAGGCCGCAAUGCAAGACAUAAGACUAAGAUAAAGAUGUUUUUCUAGGAUCUUCAGACUCUCUUAGGAAGUAACAUUUUGCUAAAAGCUAGCUGCGUAUUAAAUCACCCAACUUUCCCCUCAGUAUAAUUACCAUUUAUUAUCAUAUAAUUACCAUUUAUUCAACUCAAAUGAGCUUUGGAAGGUUUCUUUUGUUUUAAAUGCACCCAGAAGAUGAUGUCAGAGCUGGUAUCCCAAUGGUCAGUGGAAUGUGCCAUCUCUCAGAAUAGCAACCCCCCUUAUCAAUCUCUUAUCGCUACCACUGCCUUUCUACCUCCUAACUGGCACAAAUAACAGCACAGGAAAGCAUCUCACCAUAAAUAUAUAACAAACUCCACUCUUACUGUUCGACAAAACCUUUUUUAUGUAAUUGUGGUUAUUGUAAUAUUUUCAUGUUUGUAUGUCCCAAGUGUU